UACAAAUACAAAUACAAAGACCAUCUGCCGGCAUUAUCUCUUGUCCAUUAUUAUUAAUAUUCAAGACGAGAUCACUUCCUCCCUCAAAGCCAAAUGGUUCUACCUGAUCGAUCAUAGCCCCAAGUCGAUAGCUUUUUGCCAGUGGCGAAUCUGGCGAUGGCCAAGUCCUGCCUUCUCCGCACUUCCUUUCUCCGCACUGAGGCCGUGUCUGCUCCCCAGUCACGGUGGUUGUCGACCCUCAGUAUACACCGACAACAGACACUCAUCCGGCUGCGAGCUUGCCCCAACACACGAAGGAAGCCGUCAGUGAUUCAAUUCACUCGUUCCGUUGCAACACACAAUUUCCAGCACCAUGCAAACGCCAUCUCAGUGCUCCCGUCUGUCGUGGACACGGAGUCGGCUGACUUUAAAGAAAAUGCUCGCCAGAUGAACGAAUUGGUGGAGCAGAUGACUGAAUUACACACAAAAAUUGCUCAGGGUGGUCCACAAAAAGCGCGUGAAAAGCAUCUUGCGAGAGGAAAAAUGCUCCCUCGAGAUCGCGUAACGUCUCUGGUUGACCCUGGCACAUCGUUUCUAGAAUUAUCUGCCCUCGCAGGCCAUGAGGUUUAUCCUGGAGAGGACGUCCCCGGCGGAGGCAUUAUUACUGGCAUUGGGACCGUCGAGGGGGUUACGUGUAUGAUCGUGGCGAACGACAGUACUGUCAAGGGAGGAACAUACUACCCGAUCACUGUCAAGAAACACCUGCGGGCACAAGCAAUUGCACAGGAAAACAAGCUGCCAUGUAUCUAUCUCGUUGACUCUGGCGGUGCAAACCUGCCGCAUCAGGCAGAUGUUUUCCCUGACCGCGACCACUUUGGCCGCAUCUUCUUCAACCAAGCACGCAUGAGCUCGUUAGGAAUACCGCAGAUUUCAGUAGUCAUGGGACCUUGCACCGCCGGAGGAGCCUACGUUCCUGCUAUGAGCGACGAGACUAUCAUUGUCGAAAACCAAGGAACCAUCUUUCUUGCAGGGCCUCCUCUAGUUAAGGCUGCAACUGGUGAAGUUGUCUCAGCCGAAGAUCUCGGAGGUGGUCACCUACACAGCACAAUUUCCGGCGUCACUGAUUAUCUCGCCGUUGACGAUACACACGCUCUCAUACUCGCACGGCGUUCAAUUAGCAAUCUCAACUACCCCAAAAACACCAUUCCCUUGACCGGCCUAUCAAACGAAACCGACUUCAAAGAACCUCUCUACGAUCCCGUCGAACUCGGCGGGAUUGUGGGCACAAACCUCCGGCGCCAAAUCCCCGUGCACGAGGUGAUUGCACGGAUCGUCGACGGCAGCGAGUUCUCCGAAUUCAAGCGUGACUACGGCAGCACUCUCGUCACUGGCUUCGGACGCAUCUACGGGACCCAAGUCGGUAUUGUUGCUAACAAUGGUAUCCUCUUCUCCGAAUCUUCACUGAAGGGAGCCCACUUCAUCGAACUGUGCGCCCAGCGCAAGAUCCCACUUGUCUUCCUACAGAAUAUAUCGGGAUUUAUGGUUGGUGCCGACGCAGAAAAGGGCGGUAUCGCGAAGAAUGGAGCAAAACUUGUAACUGCGGUAGCAUGUGCCGAUGUGCCCAAGUUCACCGUGGUGUUUGGAUCAAGCGCUGGUGCAGGAAACUACGGAAUGUGGUGAGUUUCAUUUUAUGCUGCAUGGCAUAUAUAAACAUUCCCGGAAAUCUAUAUCUAACGUUCUACAGUGGUCGUGCAUACUCUCCUCGU